AUUGUUCAUCGCAAUAUGCACCAGUGUUGGUCUCCUUUCAUUUCAGUGCAACUCGUUGACUUGCACACCGCCUGUGACCCGGAAAACGAUACACAAGUGUGCCCCGACAGCUCCACCUGCCGGAUCUUUGGCUGCUCCGCCCAUGUCUGUACAUGCGACAAUGGGACGUCACCUAAUGCAAUGGAAGACAAGUGUGUGAGACCUGCUGAAAUUGGAGACCAGUGUGACGAGGGUAAUCGCUGUGUGGGUUUUCGAGUCUCUUGCAUUCGAGGACGCUGCGGCUGUGGAGAAGGAUUGGAGGCCGUCGAAAACAGUUGUGCAGUUCGUUACGAAGGGUUCGCCCCUAAAUUGCUGGGCCAGAGCUGCAUGAGCCGGACGGAUUGUGAUCAGUCCUACUUCGUCGACUGCGUGGACGAGAAGUGUCAAUGUGACCGAGCCAUAGGUUUUCGUGAGCCCACCAACGAUGAGAGAUACCUUCAGCCAACUUACACAAACGCAUUUCAGUGCAGAUCCGAUGCGCUGUCUUUAGAUCGAGUGGAUAAAAGCUGUUCCACUGUCAAAACCGUGCUUGUUGGAGACGUGUGCUGUGAAUUGCUUACAAAAUGCCCUGACAAUGCCACCCCGUCUAAUAGCUCUUGUGACGAUGAUGGUAAUCUAUGCUGUCGGUGCGACCACGGUUAUGCCCCGAACUCAGAUAACACCAAAUGCCUUCCACUUGUGGAGUUAGGAGAGAGCUGUGGUGAAACCGUGGCGGUUUGUCGUGGCAGUCCUUCCGUCCUACGCUGUGACAGUAACACAGAAAAAUGCAUAUGUGGCCAGGACCUUGUCGUCAGUGACCCAAAUGCAGACCAUAAAUGGUGCGUUCCUGAACCUGCAGGCAUUUUGGUAUCACGAAGCCUAGGAGAGGAGUGCUCGAUGUCAUUCAUGACCACUUCUUUUAAAGUCUGUUCCCGAGACUACGAACAAAACUGCGUGGGCGGCGUGUGCACGUGCCGUACGGCGUUUAAGUUAAGACCAGCCACUCCAUAUGAGAUCUAUGAGGACUACACGAGUGACAGACAAUGUCGGCCAGAUUCCAGUGUUAAUGGAACAAGAACAGACUGGUGUCAUGAUGCACAGCCCCUUGUCGAUCAAGAGGCGAUUGACAGCCAGGAAAGAAUGUUAUUCCUUCACAGAACUCUUCCGAUACUGCUUGGAGGUGUGGCCUUCUCCAUCUUGCUGAUUGUUGGUUUCGUUGUCUAUAGACGGAGAAAACGCGCACGCGCCAUGGCUCAGCGUGAUGACAUAUCCAUGUCAUCUUUCGGUUCCUCCGGAUCGGAAAGCCCAUUGGAUGACAACGAUGUCCUCAGACGCGUGGGCAGAUUCCGGGACGACCGUAACUGGAUGAUGAACUCCCAACACUUUAACCCUACAACGCGCUGAAAUCGCUGAUCAUAUUUCUUGUAUAACCCUAUCACGUAUACAUCAGAUUAUUAUGUUUGGACAUAUGGCUUCUCAGGGACCUGCGUGUGCAUCUGCGAACAUUGUUCCCCUGUUAAGACAAAACAGAUCGGUCUAAUCUUUUGUUCUUUUGUGUUAUACGUCACUGAUGUUUGUAUAAUUUUGCUCGUGCAGUAAGUGCACAGGCAAGUGAUGGUGUGUUUAACACAACUUGGAACUGUCUAGUGUAAGCGGGAAAUGUUGUGGUAUCAAGCUUAUUGUUAAAUAAUUCUCACUAUGUAUCAUUUUUUUUUUAAUCUACGCUUCCAGACUGUCCAAGAUCUAUUGUUAAAUGAUUCUCACUAUAUGUCAUUUUUUUCUUAAUCUGCCAUGCUAGGCCUUGCAGUUGUCGAUACACAAAUUUGCCACAUAAUAGUUAAUAUGUGGCAUGUUAAUUGCGAAAUGUAAGCAUCACAUUGUACAGACCAGACAAGAAACAAAAAUGGUCUCUUCGCAUCCGGGGUUUUUCAGUGACGUAAUUAUGGGUUAGGGCUGAUACUGAAACAGUGUACUCUUUUAUAAUCGUAGUGACAGUUAUAUGUCGGUGCUAUUAGAAUCAGCUGUCACGUGUCCCGUAUAAAUGUUCUUUGCUCUGACUUUGAUAGGAUUCAGACUUUGACGAUUUUUUUAGGUUUUUACUCCAUUUUACGUUUUUCUUCCCUUUAAGACAAAACAAAUUCUAUAUCAAGUUCACCUGCCUAAGUUCACUUGCUUCCAGUCAGAAAGAUAAUCUCAGUCAGGAAUCUUUGCUUCGCAAUAUAUAGUCGCCCUCCCUCCUCCAACAUGUGCUUACAGUUCACAUGCUUCUAAGCUCUUCGCUAUGAAUGAUAGCCUUAUGUCACACUACAAUUUUUGAAGAGGAAUUUAACGGUUUAUGGUUAAACGUAUCGCAACUUGGUCAUGUUUUUUUCUAUGUUAAUACAAAUUAUACUGUUAUGCAUUCAAACAUAUACCUGUAUAUCAUAUACCAAAGAAUGUUUCAUUUUUGUAAAUGCGCGGUUCUGUGGCUUUGAAUGAGUUAAUUGCAUGGCAUAUUUUGGCCUACUUUUUUUUUUAGAUGUAAAUGUAUUUUUUCCCCAACCGCUAAGAUGUUAAUGGCAUAAUUGCAAUAUUUUUGCAAUUAAUAAUGUUCCAUAGUUUUUCCAAUAACUUAAUUUCAGAUGAGAAUUUUUCAAUAAAAAUGUAAUUCUUACAUAAAAAAA